CAUACAUAAAAAUUAGAGUUAAGCGAGAAGCAUGAAGGAGAGUAGCGGGAGGAAGCAGGGGGCAGCCUCGCCGUGUGCAGCAUGCAAACUCCUAAGGAGAAGGUGCGCCCAAGACUGUGUAUUUGCUCCUUAUUUCCCAGCUGAUGAGCCCCAGAAGUUCUCCAAUGUACACAAGGUGUUCGGUGCUAGCAAUGUCAACAAGAUGCUUCAGGAGUUGCCGGUCCACCAGCGAGGCGACGCCGUCAGCAGCAUCGUAUAUGAGGCCAACGCCAGGAUACGCGACCCAGUUUAUGGCUGCGUCGGAGCGAUAUCAUCACUGCAGCAGCAGAUAGACACCCUUCAAACGCAGUUGGCACUGGCACAGGCAGAGGUGGUGCACCUCCGGGUGAGGCAAACCACAUCCUAUCAGCAUGGGUUCGGCACGACAAGCCCGAGUAAUAACGGGUCACUACCAUCCAAGCUCAUGGGUUCACAAGGCAUGCCCAUUUUUGACAUGGAUUUGGUAAUGGACCAGGCUAGCCUGGGAGAGCCCAUGUGGUCACGCUAGCU